CCCGGCCCCGGGGUCGUGUCGGGGCUGUGGGUGACCGGGCAGUCCGGGGAGGGAGCGAGUGUCCGCGGGUCCGGGGGGUGGAGGCCGCGUCGCUCCGCGCCGCUCAGCUUCGUGGGGCCCGGAGUCCCGGGCGGCUGUAGGCGGACCAGUGGUGCAGCGGAUGCGGUGUCUGACGGUGGCCCCGAGAAUUGAUUGUCUGCCCGGCGUCUCGAUGCCGUGUCCUCACUGUGCUCCGUGCGGCGAUCCCCUCGUCCACCUGGUGCAGGUGUACUGCCCUUUGGUGGACUCCCCCUAUCACCGCGUCAUCAAUGUGUUCGCCUGCGCAAGGCCGGAGUGUUGGGGGAACUCGGAAAGCUGGAGGGUGCUACGUUCCCAGUACCUGGCGCUAGAAGAAGAUCGAGGGAGAGAAUGCAAAGUGACAGAGGAGUUUUCCAUGACGACCAGCGACUGGUGUGAUGAAGCCGACGACUGGGGGAUCGCUGACCCCGUGACGUUGGGGUCGAGUCCUGAACGGUUGCCAGAGACGACAAGGGUCUGCUCACCCUCCGCAGACCCCCUUGUCGCUGCCCAGGUGAUCAGCUUUCAGGGCCUCAGUCUGCAGGAGCCUUGCCAGCCCCGUCCUGUGUCCGACAGGAGGCUGUUCCACAGUCACACCUUCCGGCCCUUUUAUAUCAGUGUGGUAGAGGAGAACGAUUAUACGGCGGCUGAAUGCUCAGAUCAUGACCAGAGAUUACUGCAGGAAUACCAGAGCAGAGAAGGUCUGGAUAUUCAGCGGAUUGCCUCAGAGGGCUGUGAAAGUUCAAGCAAAACAGAAACGUACGAGAAGUCUAACGUCCGGCACGGAGACCAAAUCUUUCUGAAAUUCAUGAAACAAAUCGCAUGCUGCCCGUCCCAGAUCCUGAGGUACUCGAGGAAUGGAGUCCCCUUGUUCAUUUCCUCACCCCCACCCAACUAUCAGUCCGCCAUCCCCUGCUGCCAGGCGUGUGGCGGUCGCAGAGUCUUCGAGUUCCAACUCAUGCCGGCACUGGUGACAAUGCUGACAGGCACCGGCACUGACAGCUUGGCUGUGGAGUUCGGGACGGCUCUGGUGUACACGUGUGAGCUCAGUUGCUGGUCACCUGGUAACCAGAUCCCUAUGGAAGAAUAUCCCGUUGUGCAGGCAGAUCCAGACCAGAAACUUUUCCGAUAGCAUCAACAGUGGAGACCUGGUAUCAAAUAAAAUGAAAACUGGA